AUGGACGCAGCGAACCCGUGGACCGGCUCCAGCAGCUCCGAGGAGGAAGAGGAGUUCUACACCGCACCGGCCAGAACCCCCUUACCGUACCCCACAAGGGCGGUGCUCUACACGGCUCUCGGACGCACAGCUCGAGAGGCCGCCCAGACUCCCUUGUUGCCCGCGGCUGAGCCCGCUGCCCCAGCUCAAGCACCAGCAGCUCCCGCUGCUACAGCCUCAGCUCCAGCACCAGCAGCUCCCGCUGCUACAGCCUCAGCUCCUGCAGCUCCCGCUGCUCCGGCCUCAGCCUCAGCUCCUGCAGCUCCCGCUGCUCCGGCCUCAGCCUCAGCUCCUGCAGCUCCCGCUGCUCCGGCCUCAGCCUCAGCUCCUGCAGCUCCCGCUGCUCCGGCCUCAGCCUCAGCUCCAGCUCCCGCUGCUCCUGUAUCUGCUCCUCGAACUUUGUAUACCCCCAGGUCUGCCCCAAGGCCCCCUGUCUUUGCCCCCAGAACUGUGCCCAGGCUGGCUCCUUGGACUUCCCUACAGACUUUUGCCAGUCCUGGGCACCCACCAAUGUUUGUACCCCUGUCUCUCCCUAUCCUGGUCCCCGUAUCUGUGUCAGUUCCAGUUCCUGUCCCCGGUGGUUUUUCUGUUCCCGUCCCAGUCACUGUAUUUGUUUCUGUCCCCGCCACUGUUAUGGUCCCUGUUCCCCUGUCCAGUCCUGUCCUGUCCAGUGUCCAGUCCCCAGUACAGCCCUAUGUCCGUGUGGCAGCUAUCUGCUCCCAGUGCCAUGUGUGGGGUCAUGUGAUGGUUUAA